AUAUCUUUUGCAACUCUUUCCACACCAUUUACCUCGUGUAUCAUUCACCUCAGGAACAUUUGUCAAACCCGUCUUCUGCACUAUGUUUGCAUAAGUUCUGCCAUUUAAAAGGAAGCAAACUAAACCGGAAGGAGAGAUUUGUGCAAAAAUGAAGGAAGAGAGACUGAGAAGAGAAAAAAAAGAAGCAGUGAAGGGUGGGGAGUGAGGGAGGUGUAAGAGUUUCCUGUAGAUGCAUGCUGAUCUUCCUCUCUGAGUCUGUUUCUGUCAGAGCGAGGAGCACAGACGAAGCUGAGCAGAACAGGAUGCAGGCUAUCAAAUGUGUGGUCGUAGGAGAUGGGUAUGCAGAGUUUUAAUUUUCCUACAUUGUGCUUAAAGUAAGACCUGUCUCUAACUGUUAAAUCUGGAGGUGUUCAGCUAGUUUAUGCCUGAUGAGGAUAUCUGGCCCCAGGCUAAGAAUUUAGAGUUGUGAAGUUGAAAUGUCAAAGGCUUUCUGAAGGCCCAUCUCAGUUUUCUCUCAGUUGUAGUUUUCUUUACUUCCUUGAUUCUGUGUUUAUAUUUUUCUUUGAAUUAAAAGGGUAAAUGUUUUGUAACUCCAAAUUUGUGUGAAGCAAACGCUUUCUCCAGAGUUACAUGUUGAGUUUUUAGGCGUGUGUUUGAUAGCGCUGUUUCAGAGCGAGGCUGCUGGAUGGUACAGGCCACAACAUGCAGGAAAAUGCUGCAGCAAGCUUAGAGGGCAGACUCUGAAGUGUAGGAAAAAUACAAGAAAUGGAACAGAAAAAGAGAAGAUUUUUGAGAUAAGGAAAGGAGAAAAAAAGCAUGAAAAACAUGCUGAAAGUGGUGGUUUUAGUUUAGUUGGGCAUUAUUGCAACCUAAAGUAUUAUUGAACACAAGUUUAGACAUCCACAACAUCAGAAACACUAACCUCUACACUCUUCUUUUUAAUGAAGGUGGGGCAAAAUGGCCCAGGUUGUCAUGUAGAGGGAAACACAGAGGCGGAAGUGCUGUGAGAGAUCAGUACACAGUGAGAGAAAUAUUAAACAUUUACAGACGGUCAAGUUUUAGCAGUUCCUGGUGUGUUUCAGGCUUCCUGGUUUUUGAAAAUGUAAACUGAAAAAGUAGAAAGUUGAGAUAGCAAAAACCUGAAAAACUACAUCUCAACAUAAUUUCAGGUCUCAAAAUACAGUACAUGUUACAGUGUCUCACCACAGAACUACUUGUGACAUUUGUUCACUCUGCUAUGAAUGUAAACUCUGACAGAGACAAAGCUGAUUGGCCACCCUAGCCGCCAACUUACAACAUCCUGAUUGACCGUUUGCCUUGUUAUUUUUAUAUCAGCUAUUUGGGUUGAACUUUAAUUGGUUGCUAGAAGCUUGACUGGAUUUUGAUUGGGGAAUUUGUCUCUAAGUUUAGCUGGUUAGAAUGCUGGGUGAUUCUCUAUAAAAUCUGUAAAGGUAAAUGCACAAUCAUUACAGACUUUAACAUCAAGAAAGCCCCGCCUCCCAAAGGUAUGAGAGGGGACUCUUGAUACAAAUUGGCUAUUAAUCAUUUUUUGGCUAAUAAUAACUAAUAAUGGCUGCGUUGCACCAGCUCUGUAUGAAUCAGAGGUAGUCUUAAUUCCUAAAUUAGGAUAGAUUUUACACUAAACAUACGUUCCAGGGGAUUCGCCAGCUGAGAUAGCUCCGCAAGCUUUAAGAGACAAUUACAGUCAGCUCAGCCCCUUCACUGAAAAACUGAAGUGAACUGGAACACAGGCCAUGCUAUCAAACUGAUGCAGACAGUUUGGCCUACCAGGUGAUUUAUUGAUCCCAUAACUCCAGCCAGUGGUGUCAACACUGUGACAAACACUGCAAUAAAAUAGAGCUGCUUCCUGAAUGAAGAGAGGAAGCAUUUCAGUGACAAUAUCUAGGUUAGUUAGUUUCUUACUGCUCUAGUUGAGAUGAACCGAACGUCUCUGUUCUGCAGACAAAUAAACCACACACCUUAAACCAGCUACUGUCAGUGUGUGGAUUUGGCUCCCCAAUGUAAGACUGAAUUUGUUUAGAGCUGGUGCAUUGGGUGACAGAAGAAGAUUAUAAAACAAUACAAUACACAAACUUCAUUGAUCCCCAAAGGGAAAAUUUGUUUGUCUGGAAUCUCAUUUCAUGUACUACUUAUUAAAGAAUUGAAGUCUUAUGGCUGAGUGUACAAAAGACUCGAAGAGAGAGGAGCCAUCCAUCACCAUUUUUUGUAUCGUAGUGAUUGUUUCAUGGAGAACAUCACAUGGAACUAAAGCCAUUACCUUAUGAGAGUGCAGCCAGGUAGAUCCACACUGGAGCUCAAGUUGUUUUGGUUUAACAAGGUUUCAGUAAAACACAGGAGACUGCACUCACAGCAUGCAAUUACUAUGACCUUUUCACAUUUUUUUUCUUGCAGUGCCUAGAAAUUAAAAUAGCAUAAAUAUGAAUAUUAUAAAAUCAUUACAGGCAUUGACAGAUAGGAACAAAAUAUACUGAUGCAUUUUAGCGAAUCAGCUAUUAACUGAUUUAUUCAUCCGCUAUAGUGGAAUAUUUUUAUAUUACAGCCCUUCUAUACAGCUAGGUUAAAUAUUUGCUGGCCCAUGUUGUGUAUUAUCCUCUGAAGUUUUCAAUCCAGCUUUUUAGGCUGCUAUCACAGUCAGUAGUUAGCAGAAGACACAGCAAUAUUUGCAGCUUUUGCACUUUGUUUGCUUGUUGAAUUAAUCUAUAGUAAUAGUGUUUUUGUGUGAAUUUGCAUAGCUGAGGGUAUAAAUGCUGAAUUGUUGGUUCUUCCCAAUGCUUGUAGGUAUCACUGAUGACUAUUUCCAUCAAGAUUUCCUGAAAAUCUGGAUUUACAGAAAAUAAAAAGAGGAAUUAAGUAACUUUCCUCCAUCCCGGUCAUGACGACUUGAAGGCAAACAUUGUCAGGCAUCUGUUUCCUUUCGGUGGCUAACAUCAAAUUUUUGGCCAUUGAGAUAUGAGAGUCCUAAACUUAUUAAGAUCUAACUUCUAUCAAAGCCCUUUGCAUUUUGAUACCACUAAACCUCAACUACACGGCUACAUACUCAGUAAAAGGUUAUUUAUCAACCUAGAAAUGGACAUCUUAUUUUGUUGUUUAAUUAACCUGUAAGAAACACUCAAAGCUGUGACAGCUGUGACUGCAGGGACAAUUGUAACAGAAAUGUGCCGGUGUCCUAUUGGACGGCUCUGGAAAUGCACUGGAAGGAAGUAAUGUGAGGAAUUUGAAGGAAAGCACCUAUAGGAAGCUCAAAGCUCUGCCAGGUUUUGCACCUGUGAACACCUGGUCAAUUACAAUCUCCUCUAACUGCAUCCCAGCUGAGACAUCUGAAAUAUGCUUUUAACAGAGGGUGAAACAUCUUUUGCUGAAGGAGUUUGGGCUUGACCAGUUUCAAAACAGACACAGUGGACCAGUAUUUAAAUCAAACACACCAGCUGUCUUUGUGAUGUGUGACCACGUGCAUCUUUGUCUGUCUACAAGACUAAACUUAGGCGUCCAAAAGGGGACCUAAAGCUGCCAGUAAUAGAGAGAGAAGGGGAAGCCCGUCUAAGUUUGUGGGGAAGUCUGCCAUCACUUAACAUGUUGCUGUUAUACAGCCAUUAUUUAGAGUAGAGCUUUCCCAAUUUAUUGGUAUAUUGUGUGGUGUGUACACUUGUUGUGUGACAUACCCGGUCCAAGGUGAGAUUAUAAUAAUUUUGAUAUUUUCAUUGGUUUUUGUUUUAUCUUGUUUGAAGCCUUGCCUGUUAACCCUGAAUUUGUAGAAGUCUGAGACAACAAAGUGACUUCUUACUUGAUUUAUCACCCCAUUCACAUUUUUGUUUAUUUUGUUUAUUAUGGUACCAUUUACUGUUAUGUAGAGGAUACAACAGAGCAUGGUUUCAGGCACAACUAUCAUAACAUAAUGUGAAUGAAAAUAACAGGAAACAUUCAGAUUCCUUGACGUCUCCUGAAAUGUUCGUUUUUUUUCUUCAUACAUGCAGUUGAAAGUUGUUAGUCAAAAUUAGCAUCCUAAUGAUAUAACAGAUGCACCUUGACCACCAAGCUUGCAUUAGCAUUAGCAUAUAACUUGGAAUGUAAGGUAUUUCUUAUAGGUGCCAUUCCCUCUGCCAUUCCAAGAAUCCAAAAUGGCAAGGAUUAAAUUGACAGAUUUUUGGCUUCAAGGUGAUCAUUAAUACUUCAUAUUAUAUGGUAAAUACAAAAUACCACGUAAGGAAAGAUGAAUGAAGUUUGAAGACAGCAUGAACAUUGCUCUCUGGACUCAAAUGAUGUACAUAGUAGUUAGUAUGAGCCACAGACUGUUAUAAUGCAUGAAUGUAGCCUCAGUGACAUUAUCUUUUGGUUUAAGAAGCAGAGUUUGAUGCCCAACAAUGAAGGUUGCCAUAUUAGAAAGGCUGGUGUAACAUAGCUUUGAGACAACCUAACAAGACAACCUGGAGGCUGAGCUGGGCCUUUAACCAAUUUACUAAAAGAGCACUUGCAAUGUGAUUCAUCAAUCCCUAAAACUGAUUUCAGUCUGUGUUUUUUUCGUCUAUAUUUGGCACGUUUGAAUGGCAGGUGUAAACUGGCUCAGUGUUAAGCAAAACUGUAAGCAGUCAUUGUCACGAGAAGGAGGCAAAGGUGCGUGUGCCAUUUGGAGCAAGCAGAAAACUUUGGUGUUUGAAAAUGAAGCCAGCGCAGAGAUGCAAAAAAGUGCAGUUCCUUGAGUGUCCGCUUGAGACCAGCUGCAAAAGCCAGCACGUCCCCAUUCAGCCCCAUGUUAAAGCCUUGAUCUUUACAGCUGAAUUAAGCAUGUUUACAGCCUGGUGCCAGAAGGCUGCCUCCACUUGACCUCUUUUAUUGUUUCUAGGUCAUAAAGUUAGGCUGAGUCAGCAUUUCCAAUGUAACGACCACCACUGAUGAGCUUCAAAGCACCUCCUCAGACACCACUGAGUGACUUGUAUUACAUCAGUGCUUUUGACAGCCAAUGCUUUGAAUUGUAAGUAGUAAUGAGGGGUGCCAUCAACAUAAUUUCAGGAAAUGAUAGGAAGUAAGUCGUUGCGACGAUUAUGAGUUUCCCGCCAUUAUGAAAAACUGUAAAAAAUAAAAUGUGUCAGAAAGAUAUGGAGGAAAUGUCAAAGAAAAAAGGGAUAAAGGGAAUGAGAAGACUGGCAAAAUUCUUCUUUAGAUUGAUUAAGUUUAAACCACGAAUUGUAGGAUGGUGUUAGUAGGAGACAGAAGAAUUGAUGACAGCAACCAAAGUGUCAGAGACAUGCUGAAGUCGUUUUUCCUCUCAAUUUGGCAGGUUCCUGUUUUCAGCAUUAACCUAUGCUUCUGAAACAGAUCAGUUCCUUUUUGACUCACACUCGACCACAAAACACCAACGCUUGCACUUGCAUAAAACACCCUCAUUAACCCGUAAUCCUGAACAAAACCACCAUGGUUAGUCAUCUAAUCUCUAUACUUUACUUAAACCUAAUCCUGACCUGAACAAGACUUAAAGCUAGAGCUGACUUUUGUGUAAAUACUGCAAAAAAGUUAUAAAACUCCAAACUAAAAACCAAACUAAAACAUGUCCUCUUAAAGAUAGAAGUACUCAAGCAGAUACACACACAGACAUAAUGCUUUUCUUAGCUGACUGCUGAGGCUCUCAUACAACCACUCAUCUAGUUCCUGUGCUGGUCUGACGCCUGGUUCACACAGGCGCUCAGCGCCGGCGCGCACGCGCUUGGCUGUUCACAAAUAAAGCGUUUUCUGCUGCGCUCUGACGCGCCUAUCAGACAUCGACUGAGCCCGGCAGUGCUCGGCUGUUUCCGUCUGCCCUUAGUUUUCCACACUUACGAGCGCUUUAAACAUGGGUAAAUCAAUAUUUAUUUAUGUUUUUAUUACGUCAUACGUACAUUAAAUAUUGGCAGCAUCUUCAAGUAUUGUUUUAAAUUAUUAUAGGGGUAAACAACGAAUGAAUUGGGGAGUCUGUUGACUCCAUUGUAUGUGUAGCCUUGUUAGCUCGAGGCUAUUGACUCUUUCAUAAUAAAGUCCCCCUCCUUUGUCUCAAUAACAUCACUAAAUCUCUGCCGCUAUUCCUCCGUGUGUGUGUGUGUGUGUGUGUGUGUGUGUGUGUGUGUGUGUGUGUGUGUGUGUGCGCGCGCGCGUGUGUAUGCGUGCAUCGGGAAAAAUUGACUGACAAGCAACAUCGUAAAUCCUUUUUUUUCUAAUUUAUUGAAAUUUAUUUUAUUUUGAAAAUUGACCGGAUUCCCUCGCAUCUCCUGUUCUCGACUUCCUGUCUGGUCCGAUCUGGUCUAUCGCGCUUUACAAUUGGCGCUUGCGGCGCUUGCGGCAAAGGUUAACACGGGCGCCGAUCCGAAGCCUCGGUGCGCGGCGCUUCCUGUGUGAACCAGGCAUUAGACAUCUUCUUUUUGAAGUUAUUGAUUGAAGAUAUGGGAAGCCUUGACCCCCCCCCCCCUGUUUCUGAUCAUAAAUGAAAUUGAACCUCUCCAAUCGUCCACCUUAUACACCUCACACAACAAGAUAAUGUGAGGAGACAAUCUGUCGAACUAUCUGAUAACAGGGUCUUGGCUGACUUAUGUCUUAUAAUCCAUGAUCGUCUUUACAGUAUGUAGUGUAAAGCAGCAUUUUGCAGAGCAGACUUGUUUGUUACCUUAGGGUUACCGUCCCAAAGAUGGUGGAGGGAACUGUUACUGUGAUGGUGUAUUUUAAGCUAAACUCACCUGAAAGUUAAAGCACCUGGAGGACAUUCCUCUGGAGUGUGUUACAUAAAACUCACCUGCCCCCAAAUUCUUCUGAAACAGACUUGCAGAUAAUUCAGUUUCCCAGAUGUGUUCAAUUAUUAAUAUUUUCUUAUCAGAAAGGCUUUAAAAAAUUUUUUUUUACAGUUAUGUAACAAUGACUUUUUUCUUUUUUCCUCAAUGUGGCAUCAGUGAAAAAAUGUCCUAUUACUUUCAAAGCUCAGUAUGAAUGCAUAAAACUGGUGAGGAACCACAGAGCCCACAAAUGGUUGGGUUUUGUGUGUCUGUGAACAGGUGUACUCACACUAAACAAAAGCAAGCCUAGACUUACACUUCCUUUAACAGUCUCACAUUUAAGGAGAUUCCAAGUAAAAUCUAUGAGGUAGGUUCAUAUUUGUUCCCUUCUGCUCAUUCAGAUCGAAUCAGCGUCAGGGUGUUAUUUCUGAACUACUGAGGGCAGAGCUGUGGAACAAAAUAAGAGCAGGACCAGUCAAUACUUGUUGGAUCAUCUCCGUAUGCAGCCGUGUGGUUUGAUCAGCUGCACUCCUACUAUGAACAUUUCUUGGCUCAUUCCUACUUCUUAGUAAUCUGAAAUAAGUGAUUUGUUAUUGGUGGAUUGAAAAGUACCAAGGCGGAACCAAGUUAUCCAUAGUAUAUACAGUCUAUGGUCCUUUCUUUAGGACUCAAAAAGAAGAUAUCUCUGAAAACCAGAUCAGGAAGCUAAUUUUUAACUCCUGCCCUUUGUUUAUGAUCAUACUGAGGGCAUUUGGGGUAGCUUAUUGAAUUCAAGGGAGGGCUAUGCCACCUAAAGCCUGUCCACUGGUGUGGUUAGGUUCAGACCCUGAACAACUUAUUAACUUGAAGAAAACAGACCUUAAGUUAAGAUAACCCCUCAAAUUAGACAUUAGCAAUAAAAAUUACAAUGUAGAAAUUGUGACUCUUGUCCUUGAGUGUCUUGUUGACUCAUAGAUAUCAUUAAAAAAGCAUCAAUAUGCAUUUCCUUUCAUUUUAGCAUAUUUCUCUAGUAUACAACUUACCAUAAACCAUCUUUCAUUUUUAACACUUGACCCAUUAUUUUUGUGUUUUUCAUUUACUCACUCUGUAUUUUAUUCCACUUGUGUUAUUCAGAGCUGUGGGAAAAACAUGCCUGCUCAUCAGCUACACAACCAAUGCUUUCCCCGGAGAGUACAUUCCUACUGUGUGAGUAUAACACACUCAUUAAACACACAUAAUCCCCCUAUCUGUAUCUAGCAACAUUACAUACCAGGUAAACAGGACUUUUCACACGUCUUUAUAGCACUUGGUAAAGGUGAUUGCGCCAAUAAAUAAUCAAAAAUAAACAAAGGACAUUCAAACAAAUUAGGUGAGAUUUGAAAGAAAAAAAAAAAAAAUAUAUAUAUAUAUAUAUAUAUAUAUAAGAGAAUAGAAGAUAAUGAUGCUAAGAAAGCAAAAACAGGACAAUGAAAGUGAAAACUCUUGGUCUAUUUAAAUUACCGCCCUUGCCUUUAACUCUCUACUCAGUGUAGGUUUUAGGAGACUGCAAACAAGAGAGAAGCAAAGUACGAUGUAACCAUAACGGAGUUUAGUUUCCUCAUUCAAAUUCUCACUAGAGAAAAUGAUCAAAGACAGAUCAAGUCCUCACCUUCCCUGAUUUGUUUUUCAUUUUCUGUUUUAAGUUCCCUUUUUAGAGAAGUUCGUUAAAAAUGUUGCAGAUGAGACUGUAGUUCUCGUGAAUGACCACAUGAGGGCAGUGCUGCUUUAACAGUCUUAUUCAAAGCCUGCAGAGAGCAUGCCCAUGAAGGUGAAAAGGUCCAUGCAAAACAUUUUUUUAAAUGGGAGUCAAAAUUUACUAGCAAUAUUAAAGAUGGAAUGUAUACAAAGUAGAUAUAUAUAAAUAUAUAAAUAAAUAAAUAUGUGUAUACGCGCACACACACGCACACACACACACACACACAUACACACACACACAUCUAUCUAUCUAUCUAUCUAUCUAUCUAUCUGUAAAAAUAUAUGUAUAUAUAUAUAUAUAAAUGUAUCACCUUUUCACAGGUGUCAUGUUACUCUCACACAGUUUGGUUUAUUUAAGUGUGCCUUUCCAAAAGGCAUGCUGGCAUGUUUGUGGUCAAUCUAAAUGUAGUGAUUGAUGUCUGUAAAUAAUCAGCCAAAUGAAGACCCCCCACAGUCUCAUUGAUUUGCUGACCAGCUGUGCUUUUAUUGACCCACAGAUUCGACAACUACUCAGCCAACGUAAUGGUGGACAGCAAGCCAGUCAACCUGGGCCUCUGGGAUACAGCUGGACAGGAAGACUACGACAGGCUCCGCCCACUUUCCUACCCACAGACAGUAUGUCAUUCAAGGAUGUACACACAUACCCACACUCACACACAACUCAUCAGAGAGGAUGAAGGAUAAGAUCUGUGUUUGUGAAUGAGCUGCUCCUUGUUAGGUUAAAAAAAACUGAAAAUGUGAAAAAGAUCAGAAAGUCAAAUAUCCCUGAUAGGCUAUAAAAAAUUGUGAAUGAUUUGGGCAAUAUCAGGGUUAAACAAUAUUCUUUUGACCAUAACUAAGGACUAGUUGUACAUUUACAGACGAAAGUUUUAAAUGAACAAGAAUUCAUGCUUGAAUUUAUAAGAAAUAACUGAAAGAAACCUGUAAACUCAGAAGGAAACUAGAAAAGCACUCAGAGAGCGCAGACCUCCACCAAGCAGCUGGUGUCCCCCCUUAUAUUGUGACUCACACCAAAACUUUUACUGUUACGUGUCUUUUAUUAACUUUUAUUUGUGUUUAAAGUGGUAUGUUCACUGUUCAUAAUGUUCCUAAAACAACAAAGCUCAUAUUAGAUACAUAAAUGCAUGAUUUAUUAUGCAAUAUUUGUAAGCGUAUACUUCCUUGUAUCUUCAUUGGUUAUCAUUGGUUAAAAUUUCAGGUCAAUCUGUCUGUUACUUUCUCCGUAAAGUUGCUAACAGACAAACAAACUCACAAACAAACAAACCAACGCUACCGAAAACAUAACCUCCUUGGCGGAGGUAAUAACAUAAACUUAUAAGGUCAGUGGUGGAAAUUUAAGAGAAUAAACUUAGUAACUGGCAAACCUGCAAUCUUAAAAAUGAAGACAUAAAAUGGCAAGUUUAAAGUUUUAGGGGAUGCAAAGCCACUUGUUAGCCUGCCCUUCUCCAUAGUAGACUCAGGUUCAUGCAUAAACCAUUCACAAUACUUAAGACAUUACUUAUCAAACUAAACUAAUGAAUUUGAAUUUACCUUCUGGGAUCAACAAAGUUCUUCUUCUUCAUGUAUACCCUUACACACUUUAGUUUAGGACCACAGGACCAUAUAAAAAAACCCAACACAAUAUAAAAGCUAAGCAUUGCCAAAUCUGAACUUCUGGCCUCUUUUUCAAUCAAUCAUUAACUUCCUACUUCACAUAAUGUAAAAACAGAAGUAAGAAAGGAAGUCAUGUUUUCAUCUCAUUUGCUCUCUGUCUCCUCUCAUUGUCUCUUUUUUUUCAGGAUGUUUUCCUGAUCUGUUUCUCCCUGGUGAGCCCAGCAUCCUAUGAAAACGUCAGAGCCAAGGUGAGUCUACAGUCCAGUACCUCAGUAUCUGGAGCAAGACACUGAAGCCAUUGAUGUUGUCGUUGUAGUGCCUUGCAUGACUGGCAGUGUGAGAGGCAAUAAACUGCAGUGAAGGGCUGUGAAUGCAGUCUGGUGACUGUCACUUUUGACACCUUUGAUUUGGUGCAUCAGAAGGGCUAGAGGUGAUUUGCAUACAUAUGUAAAAGACAAAUAAAGAUAGCAGAAGAGUGGAUUCAUAUGUGGUGAUUCACUCACAGCUCAGCAAACAGUCUCUUUCAAUAAAUUUGACUGAUUAUGAAGUUCGUACCUACACUGACAUUAGAAUUAGAGGUACAUGCUGAUUGAAAUCCAAGCCUUUUACAGAUUCCUUUUGGGAAAUUAAAGGGUCCGGCAUCACUGCUCAGCAGAGAUUUACCCCUAAAUUAGAUCAUUUCAUUAUCUCUCAGAGCCUUGGCUAUAAUUAUCUGAGAUUAAAUGGUGAAAUGAUCUUGAUUGAAAUUUCCCCUGUGUAGCUAUCUGCAUAACCACAGGGAGCCAGUGAAUUCCAAUCUCUUCACUAAGACAAUCACUUUGCAGUGAUGCAUGAUGGAGCUAUAAAACCUUUAAGUGUCAUUGUAACCUUUCAUUUCAUCUCUAUUUCUUUUUGAUUGUCUGCAAAAUGACAAAACAGUGAAAGGCUGAGACGAUUCUGCAAAUUCUGCAAAAUCAGCAAUAUUUCAUCAAUGAAUCAGAUUGGACAUUCAUUGAUCUUUAAGUUACAUAUAGAAGAAGAAGAAGAAGAAGAAGAAGAAGAAAAAGAAAAAGAACUUUAUUGAUCCCUGAAGGCAAAUUCAAUUGUCUGUUUUCUCACAUAAUAUGUCUAUAAAUGUUAUCUAUUAUUUACAUAAGAGUUAUAAAGUCUGAUGGCUGUUGGUACAAAAGAUCUUCUGAAUCUUUCUGUCCUGCAGUGAAGAGAGAGGAGCCUCUGCCACCAUUGGCCCUUUGGUCCAUCAAGGUGUUGUGAAGUGGGUGAUCCGUGUUCUUUAGAAUAGUCUCCACCUUCCUCAGUUUAGAUCUCUCCACCACAUAGGGGGGGAAGGGAUUCAUACUCUUUGCAGCCUAUCUCAUGAUGGAAAUAAAAAGUUGCUUGAAUAUUGAGAACACACUGGGUAUGUAAUGACUAUACAAUAAAAAUGCCCACAUAAACCAACUUAUUAACAGAGCAGUCACUGAUGCCACACGAUGGUGACAGAAGGCAGCCCCUCAACAAGUGUCACUGUAAACACUGCAGAGGGCGUCCUCCACACUCUUUCAUAUGAGCACAUAUGGAUUUGGUGUGUGUAAUGUUGGACCCACUGGUAAGACAAACACCCUUUUCCACAAAUAAAGACAUUUAUAUAAAGUUGCACAUAUUCAAACCUCACGUGACAAAGGUGGGUUGAGGGCACAGAGCACAACAUUAACUCCAAAAAUGGCAUUAAAAUCGGAACCAUCUGUGCAUAAAUGACGCAUCGCGCUCCGUGGCCUGGCUCUUUCUUUCAUAGAUGUUGGCAUAUAAAAUAAAUUUGACUCACAAAACUGAAUAUUAUAAUAUUUGUAUGUAGGCUUAAAGUAAAUAACUCAUCUGAUCACUGAAACAAAUCAUCUGUUCAGCCGCCACCGCAGCAGCUGCAGCAAGACGGAGAGAGGACACGGAGACAUGUCCAGGUCGAGCUGUGCGAGAAAUAAGAGGAAGAGGAAGAAAUAAAAGGAGGGAGACAAAUUAAAUACCUUGUUCACUUAAUCAUGUGUGUCUAUUUUGUAGAUAUUUCAUUUAAUUUAAUGCGGUUUCAGCUGUGUUGAUUCGGUCAGCUUGCAUGUCCAAACGCGUGCCAAACGCGCUCAUCAGAUCAGAUAUAGAUCAGAAUAUAUCUAUAUAGAUCUAAAUGUAUGUGCUGACUCAGAUUAUUAGUUGUUGAUGAUUAUUUAUUGCACUGAAAUGUGCCUGACACUGUGGAAACCUGCCGGUGAGGCAUCGGUGACGUAUGCCGAUAUGCCGCCGGUCUACCAAAAUACCACUAGACCAGCUCAAUCCACCUGCGCUGAAAGCUGACCAGGUUUGAAUUGGCGAGCUUUCAGCACACUUUACACGCCGUUGGCGAGUACGAAAAUGUCACCGCGCCAGCUGAUCCUGUCGACACCUCCCCCUGCCACGCCACCACGCCCAGCUUGGCGGACCUCGGUGCGCCUCAGUCCACGAAAAUACCAAACUGGCUGUACACCGGGCUCCACCAGAGUAAAAUACCACUGCACGGGGUCCGCCGUAUCCCCGGCGGACACGAAAAUAGAGCCCACAGUCUUUCAGCCUGAGCACCAGGUUGCAUCACAAACGGCAUACUAGUACCUUUCAUGUGCAGCUCUUUGAUCUUAAGUGCUCUUAGUUUUAGUUCUUCAUUAUAUCCUCUCUUCCUUGUUCUCCUUGUGAUGCAGCUCUACAGUUCUGAGGGAUCUUAUCAGACACUACUGCCCUUAAAAAUACACACUUAAGACCCCUUCAAAUAUUCCAUAGGAUGAACAUCAAUACAACUCAAGAGAAUAAAUUACAGGAGCAUUGACUGUAUCGGCUUAAGUAGUCAGCUUUGAAUCCUAUGGGGGUUGCUAUGACAACAAGGGACUUGGAGUGGUUCAUGAAAGGUGCUGGCUGUAAGAUUAAUUGGCUGGGUGGAAAAGAAAAAGGAAGACCUGUUGUCAAAGAAAAGAAACUUGAAUAAAUGAAGGUCCUGUUCCCAGACAACUGAGGCUGUAUGUUUGAUUAAAUUUGAAUAGUUCUUACAUCACUCUCUUAAAUGAGCCUUUUUUUUUGGAAUGCAGAAUACUGUUGGUAAUUUUCAACCUUGCAUUUGUAUGGCACUACAUGUUGAUACCUGUGUCUGACUGGAUCUGAAGCACUUAGUGGCAGGUACUCAUGAUGUUUCCUCCAGUGUGGAUCCUUUCGUGUGGUGUACCCACUCUCAGGAAUUAGUACAUCGUCACUCUGGACAAAAGUGUCUGCUGAAUGAAAUUGUUGAAUUGUGGCAGAAUUGGUUAGACAAAGAUUUGUUGACAGCAGGAAACCCAAACAGUUGUGCAAAAGUAAUGAUUGGAUUGAAGCUAAUUCAUCUGACUGAUCAGCAGAAAAGGAGAUCAGGAGCUGGAUUCGGACCCGAUACCGGAAAAAAUGUCACAACAGGUCAAGUGAAACAGUAUUUCUAAAAUGGUAUUAACAUAACAGCAAUAGUGUUACUUUCCUCUUCUUCCUGUUCAGAUCUUACUCAGUUGUCCAACAGUGCAGAGACUUUUAAGUUCUAUUUAGUCUGAUGCCAAUCUCCUGUGAAAAGAGACAAGUGAGCAUUGUGUAACACCCUCAAAAGGGUGCAAGUGAGGCUGAGUGCACCAUGGGAAAUGAUUUUAUGGGCACUUUUGUGGAUCUCCACUAGACACUGAGGAAGAAGAUGUCAGGAAAUCAAAUCAAUUUCAAUUGUAUAGCACUAUGAACACAAUCCGGUUGGGGGCUGCUGGUAAAAGUCCAAACAUGAAGAAAAAGUCACAGUGGUAAAGCGGUGGGACUGUGUUGCAGAGUGUACUGGAGGAUAUGGGCCCACUAAAAGCACUGCUUUAUGCUAGCAAAAGUGAAAAUGGCAAACCUGAGGUUCAACAAGUGUGUAAGACUAAAAAUGAUGGUUUUAUCUAUACUUUUGUUCGUGCAUAAAACUGCAGCUCAUCAAAUGUCCACCUGGGGCUGGCUCCCAAAGCAAAUGAAUUCCUAUUAAAAAUCAUUGAAAACGACCCCUUUUAAAAGCAGACUUUAACAUGUUCACGUCCUGCUACUUGAAACACAGUUUGGUUUCCAUGGUUUCUUUGCAGCCUAGCUCAAAGAGCAGAGGACACAUAUGACACCAUAUGCAGGGGAGAAAAGAAAACUGACUGUAGGAGACGGAAACAUGAAUUUCUAUCACACUGCAGUUUCCGAUUUAAGCUUUGAACAACAGAAGCCCCUAAAAAAAAUUAAGUACUUCAAGAAACAGCUGCUAGAUUCAUCAGGUAUUACCCGUAAUCCCAACCUGCCAAUCACUGGGCUUAGGAACAGAGUAGUCUACAAAGCAGGGUGGAUUUGUCAGUCAAAAACUUCACCAGGUAAUUCUUUUAGCAUAUUGCAUCUUUUAUUUUCAUACUGAGGAAAAUUGGAUGAAAUUAGGACUUAAGAAGCAAAAAGUUUUGUCCUCGGGCGCCACUGUCGAUGCAAACUAAAAGUUCCUCACAGGAGCUAUAAGGUGGGAUAUUCAUGCACCAUGCAGAAUAUAACGUACAGAGGUGUAAUUGCGAGGUGCAGCAACAGAGGGAAGCAAUAAGGGAAGAUGGUGUCAGAGCCAGUUGAGGAGAACAGCAAAGUGUUUUGCAUGUCUGAGUUUGUGUGCAUGGAGUUACUUAUAAGCUUCAAUAAGGCAUGCCGCUUGAAACUCUGCAACUCAAAAAGAAGUCUCUGAAAGUAUUUAGUUCCCCUGUCUCCUCUCUUCUCAAUUUUGUUGUUUUUUGACUCCACCCUCUGCUAGUGGUACCCUGAGGUUCGCCACCACUGCCCCUCCACGCCCAUCAUCCUGGUGGGCACCAAGCUCGAUCUGAGGGAUGAGAAGGAAACCAUCGAGAAGCUAAAGGAGAAGAAGUUGGCACCCAUCACCUACCCUCAGGGUCUGGCUCUGGCUAAGGAGAUUGGUGAGCCAAAAUCUGAUUUGCUAACAGGCUUCAAACUGUGAGAGAUAUCAAUGGGAUUUUUUUAACACAUUUUUAACUUCACAUCCAGAAGCCAGGUACACAGAAAACUCACUUAAAAUAGUCAGACUAACACAAUCAGUUAAUUGGGCUGGGGGUUGAUUUUUUGAUGCUUAUUGAAUAGUUUAAAAUUCAUAUGGGUGCCUUUUCAUGAAAUCCAAAAGUCAGGAUGACCAAAGGCAACAAGAUUGUUGAUUGUGACAUCGUAAUUUUUAACACCUGAAACUCUUGCAAAGGUGUAGGUGUUAGCCUUCCAGCUGAAGAAACAGCCCUGUUAUUACAAUUUCCAAAUUAAAUAUUCAAAGACAAAAACGUUCUCACAGGAGCUUUAACCGUGCAUGUAUUCAACACAUUUACCCAGAUAUGUCUAACUGUUGAUUAUUGUUAUUGUCUUGUUUAGAUUCAGUGAAGUACCUGGAGUGCUCGGCUUUGACCCAACGUGGUCUGAAGACUGUAUUUGAUGAGGCCAUCAGGGCCGUGCUCUGCCCCCAGCCCACCAAAAGCAAGAAGAAGGCCUGCAUACUGCUGUAGACGGUAAGACUGAAGAAAGACAAAGCCAGAAGAGAAGAAAAGAGAGGACACAUGGUCACAAUGGGCUCUAUUUUCGUGCGCGCCGGUGAGGCGGCGGAGGGCGGCGAGCCCCGCGCAGUUGUAUUUUCGUCUGGCGGAGCCCGGCGUAAGGCCAGUUUGGUAUUUUCGUGGACUGAGCCGCACGGAGGCGAGCCGAGAUCCGCCAAGCUGGGCGUGGUGGCGUGGCAGGGGGAGGUGUCGACAGAAUCAGCUGGCGCAGUGACAUUUUCGUGCUCGCCACCGGCGUGUAAAGUGCGCUGAAAGCUCGCCGAUUCAAACCUGGUCAGCUUUCAGCGCAAGGCAGAAUGCAGCUGGUCCAGUAGUAUUUUGGUAGACCGGCGGCGUAUCGACAUACGUCACUGAUGCCUCACCGGCAGGUUUCCACAGUGUCAGGCACAUUUCAGUGCAAUAAAUAAUCAUCAACAACUAUUAAUCUGAGUCAGCACAUACAUUUAGAUCUAUAUAGAUAUAUUCUGAUCUAUAUCUGAUCUGAUGAGCGCGUUUGGCACGCGUUUGGACACACAACCUGACCGAAUCAACACAGCUGAAACCGCAUCAAAUUAAAUUAAAUAUCUAGUAAAUAGACACACAUGAUUAAGUGAACAAGGUAUUUAAUUUGUCUCCCUCCUUUUCUUUCUUCCGCUUCCUCUUAUUUCUCGCACAGCUCGACCUGGACACGUCUCCGUGUCCUCUGUCCGUCUUGCUGCUGCUGCGGCUGAACAGAUGAUUUGUUUCAGUGAUCAGAUGCGUGAUCUACUUUAAGCCGACAUACGGAUAUUAUAAUAUUCAGUUUUGUGGGCCAAAUUUAUUUUAUAUGCCAACAUCUAUGAAAGACAGAGCCAGGCCACGGAGCGCGAUGCGUCAUUUACGCACAGAUGGUUCCGAUUUUAAUGCCGUUUUUGGAGUUUAUGUUGUGAUAUGUGCGCUCAACCCACCUUUGUCACGUGAGGUUUGAAUAUGAGCAACUUUAUUUGAGUGUCUUUAUUUGUGGAAAAGGGUGUUCGUCUUACCAGUGGGUCCAACAUUACACACACCAAAUCCAUCUGUGCUUAUAUGAGAGGGUGUGGAGGACACUUGUUGAGGAGCUGCCCUCUGUCGCCAUCUUGUGGCAUUGCUGUCUUAAGGCAUCUCUUGAUCUCUUCGACUACUUCAUGAAAAUAGUAAUACGCCUCGCCAGUGGCGGAUUUAAAGGCAAGGAGAGGAGCUUAUGUGAUUGGUGAAAACAGGUCUCGGCUGUGUUAAACCCACUACACGCCCUCUCUCCUCCCCAUCUACGACUUAUGGUGCUGGGAGGAGCUGAGUUAGGGAGGGGGGAUACUUACGCCGGGCUGCGCGGCUCACCAAAAUACCAAAAUGUGCUUGGGAACGCCUUGUCAGCGCGGCGGAUCUGACUGACGCUGCGCUUGCGGCACGUCUCCGGCGAGGCACCAAAAUAGAGCCCAAUGUCUCAAAACUAAAAGCCCGUUGAGACUUUUGUGGACUCUUUAUAAUAUACAGUGAAUAAAUAUACAGUAUGUUUGUAAUGUUGAAGCAGAAUAAAAUAUGUAUGAGUCUUACACAAAAUGUCAAUGUUUGAUCUGAAUGUGUGUGUGCGUUUGCAAAGGUAUUAAAGGGUCAUUCAAUGUCAAUUCAACCAAGAAUCUCCACUUACGUCACAGAUUUUGAUCACAUUUGGUGGAGUGAUUGGCCUUCAGGAGAAACUGUCAGAGCUCAAAUAUUUUUGUUCAAAGCCAUCUAAUUAGUGAAACAGGGGCUAUUGAAUUUUUGGCUAAUUAGCAUGAUAUGCGUUACAAAAGUGUUCAUAUCUCUGGAAGUAUGGCACCUAGAGAGCUGAUUCAGAUGUCAUUUUAAGGCUCUCUUCAAGUUAUAUCUUUUUGUUCAUAACAUUUUUCCCAAAUUUGACCAGAAAAAAGUUAUAAAAGACCAAAAACUUAAAUUGGAAAUAGCAAAAAACGUGCGUCCUUCAAUUUUCUUCAUUUUCACACCAAAGAAAGACUAUCAUGUCCACUGGCACCCCUGCAAGUUUCAGGAUGGGCAUUCCAUAACUUUUUGAGUUAUCAGUCAAAAUGUGUGGUACGUUAGGUGGAAAAUCGCCAUAUGUGGCACAUUAUACAGUCCUGACCUCAUCUGGAGUCAGCCCCACUUGCCUGCUUGUGUAAAAUAUUACUUCCUCAUAAUGCAAAAUGCUUUUUUUUGAGUGUUUUCGUUUUGUUAUCCCAUAUUUAUAUGAAAAAUGGCUAGAAUACCUUAUUUUUGCCCAGUUUUCCAUCGCAUUUCAUUUCUAUUUGCACCUAUAUCCAGAAUAUGAAUGAUCUUAGCCUCAUGGGCGAAUCAUUUGGACAUACCUGCAUGUCCUGGAUCCUAUGGUUGACAAAUAACUUCUACCUUUAUACCCUGAAAUUCGUUAGCCCUCACUAAUCUCACUAAUUAGAUGGCUUUGAACAAAAAUAUUUGAGCUCUGACAGUUUCUCCUGAAGGCCAAUCACUCCACCAAAUGUCAUCAAAAUCUGUGACGUAAGUGGAGAUUCUUGGUUGAAUUGACAUGGAAUGACCCUAAAGCUUCUUUUCCUUGUUACAGAUUCAGCAAGGUUCUGGGAGAGGAGCGAGUCAGACAGCUCACCCUGCAGUUGCAAGAAGAUACUUUGCUGUAAUGUGUCUAAUAUAGAACAAUAACUGGGUAUCCAAAAGUAAAAAAGAAAAAGCUCCUGUUACUGUUCACAGUUGUGAAACUUUCUGUACAGCACUCUGCAAAACAGAUUUCUGAGUGCAUUGUGGUUACUGCACCUUGAAUUAUCAGAUAAUUCACUAGAUGUGGAUGGCAAAUUCUGCACACUUUAAAUUAGCUUUUUUGCUUUGUUCAAUGUACCAAAGCUCUAAAAAAUAAAGGUGUUUUGUGCAUACUCCAUGAUUAAAUUAGUUAAACUGUCAUUCUGAGAGUGAUGAGCAGGGAUAAAAUGUAAGGAUCAGGAAUGUAGGUUUGUGUGUGCAGGGAGCUUAUCGCUGAUGUUUUAUUUGAUUCAAAGUUUUUAACAAAUGUGUUAUGUAUUCAUGUGAUAUAAAAAUUACAGAUUGUUGACAGUGUCUACACAGAAAAUGUUUGCACACAGAGCUAACUUCACAGAGCUAAAAUGGAGUGAAAAAACUUAAUGCAUGUGGCAAAAUAUACAGGAUACAGAACAGUACAAUACAAUUUAAUGCAAUACAAUAACAGUCAAUUGUUUGCUAUUUAUAUGGUUUGAUUUAUGUGAAAUUAAAGUUCUACAGUCAACAUUAGCUUUGAAACUGUGAUAAAAAAUAGAGAGACUGUUGCUUGUAGUUGGAGCAGCUGGAAAGCAGGGGGGGCUCACAGCAGCUAAACGUCAGCAGCAGCAUUCCAGAGGAACCUACAGCAUGAGGGAGCUCAGGGAGUCCUAGAAAGGUUAAUGACACAGACAGAUAGAGGAUGGAGAAGGAGAGCAAGGUGCUCAAUGUGCCAAGACCCCCAGCAGUCUAAACCUAAAGCAGCACAACUAAGUGCUGGCUGACGCUGAAGUUAUGACACAACACGAUUUGAUACAACUCUUUUGGACAUAGCAAAAAAUGAUGUGUUACAACAGAGCACGAUACAAUGGUAAGGUAUGUUAACAUGAGAUGUAUUACAUCUGCACACUACUGCCUCAACUGAACCAUUUCACUUGCCUCCAACUCUAAACACAAUUAACAAUCUGCCUGUAAAAGAAAGCAUAUCCCAGUUACAACUACAGACUACUAUUACCGCUCACUGCCAGUGCUAUGGUCUGUACAACCAGGGAGGUCUUCAGUACUCCACUGACAACCUGGAUUUGUUGCUCCUUUGAAGUUGGUAUCAAGAAUUUUUGCUCGUUCUUGAUUUUGAUGGCCAGAAAAGGAACAAGUGACACUGGUUUAAUGCUUUAAAAGUUUAUUUGCUCCUGGUUUGUUUGGAAAACUGGGAACUACCCCUGCCAAAACCGCAAUUGAUGGACACCGGUCCUAAUUCACAAAAUAAAUAGUUUAAAUUAUAGAAUUGCAAAGCAUUCUCUCGACCUCAAAAGCCUUUUUGAUUGACUUGUACAAGCAUAAGUUCCUUUUUUUUUUUUUCAAAAUUUCUUGCAUUAUCAUUUUGAACAGCAGUUCAGUUUACAUUGUCUGCCCGAUGGCGGAGGAUGUGAAAUAGACUCAGACAGACAAUACUUUCUGCGCUUGUCUGUGUACAGACUGCUCACAUGACUGGAGGCACUGAUGUCUGGUUUUAAGGUAUAAUGAUGAUUCAUGGGGCUGCUUUGCCACCAUUUGUUACUUCUGUCUCACUUGGCUUUUCUACAGGCAACUUGUUAAUCUGUUUUAUCUAUUUGUGUGGAUGAGCACCAGGGAACUGACUAAUAGCAGACAUCAGGAAAAGGUUACGGUCCUCCUCAUUGUGUUUGAUAACUGCAUGUGUCUCCUCUUUGUAGUAUUUCAAUACAAGGCUGCUCAAGACCUCACAGAACAAGUUUUGUGCUUGAGGGCUUAUUUUCGUUCCUCGCCUGAGACGUGCCGCUGGCGCGGCGUAAGUCAGGUCUGCUGCGCCGACAAGGCGUUCCCAAGCACAAUUUGGUAUUUUGGUGAGCGGUGCAGCCCAGCUUAAGUAUCCCCCCUAACUCAGCACUUCCCAGCGGUGUAAGUAAGGUUUAACACAGCCGAGACAUGUAUUGACCAAUAACAUCACCUCCUCUCCUCGCCUUUAAAUUCGCUGCUGGCAAGGCGCAUUAUUAUUUUCGUGAAGUAGUCAAAGAGAUCAAGAAAUGUCUGAGGACAGUAAUGCCACAUGAUGGCGACAGAAGGCAGCUCCUCAACAAGUGUCACUGUAAACGCUGCAGAGGGUGUCCUCCACACUCUCUGAUAUGAGCACAGAUGGAUUUGGUGUGUGUAAUGUUGGACCCACUGGUAAGACAAACGUCCCUUUUCCACAAAUAAAGACACUCACAUAAAGUUGCAUAUAUUCAAACCUCACGUGACAAAGGUGGGUUGAGCGCACAGAUCACAACAUAAAUUCCAAAAAUGGCAUUAAAAUCAGAACCAUCUGUGCGUAAUGACGCAUCGCGCUCCGUGGCCUGGCUCUUUCUUUCAUAGAUGUUGGCAUAUAAAAUAAAUUUGGCUCACAAAACUGAGUAUUAUAAUAUCCGUUUGUGGGCUUAAAGUAAAUAACUCAUCUGAUCACUGAAACAAAUCAUUUGUUAAGCCGCCGCAACAGCAGCUGCAGCAGGAGGGGAGAGGACACGGAGACAUGUCCAGGUCGAGCUGCACGAGAAAUAAGAGGAAGAAAGAAAAGGAGGGAGACGAAUUACAUAUCUUGUUAACUUCAUCAUGUGUGUUUAUUUACGAGAUAUUUAAUUUAAUUUAAUGCGGUUUCAGCUGUGUUGAUUCGGUCAGGUUGUGUGUCCAAACGCGUGCCAAACGCGCUCAUCAGAUCAGAUAUAGAUCAGAAUAUAUUGAUAUAGAUCUAAAUGUAUGUGCUGACUCAGAUUAUUAGUUGUUGAUGAUUAUUUAUUGCACUGAAAUGUGCCUGACACUGUGGAAACCUGCCGGUGAGGCAUCAGUGACGUAUGCCGAUACGCCGCCGGUCUACCAAAAUACCACUAGACCAGCUGCGCUCGGCCUGUGCUGAAAGCUGACCAGGUUUGAGGCAGACCUCGGUUGCGCCUCAGUCCACGAAAAAAUCAAACAGGCUGUACGCUGGGCUCUGCCAGACGAAAAUACCACUGCGCGGGGUCCGCCACCCUCUGCCACCUUACUGGCGGACACGAAAAUAGAGCCCUUAAUGUGAAUCUGGCAUCAGGAUCAGAGCUGAAUGCUGCAGAGCCAUAUCAGGUCAAAUGUUCAAUUUCUGUUACUUUUUUGUUUAAAUCAAAUUUUAUAUUGCGACCACCGUAUAUUUGAAAAGGACAAGCGAAAUCCUCCUCUUUCACCAACAAGUUAACCAACAGACACCAAUAACUGACUUGCUGAAUUCCUGCCAGACACAGAAAAUAGGUGUGACAUGUGGGGAUGAUAUUGAGCUAAAUACAUUAUUGAGACAAAUCACCAAAGAGAGAAAGAGCAGUAGUUGCAGUUCAAAAAUCUUGAUUGAAAUUAAUAAGUCAGUGAAAUGGUUUGGCGCAGGGUUUCUUUUUGGUUUCAAAUAACACCUGAGCAUUCAAACAGUCAGUAUGAAUCAAUCGAUGGCACAUUUGUCAACUGUAAAUUCUAAAAAAACACCCCAGAUUUUUUAAGUGUUAGUUGCCUUUUAGAUUAUCAGACUUUUUCACAUUUAUUAAGAUGUGUUGGACCUCUCUGUGGUCUGUUUAUGACCUCUUUGAUCCAAGUCAUAUAUUCACAGACGUCCAUUAAUGUUUCUAUCCGCCACAAUUUCUAUGUCUAUAGACUGGAGUGUCCCUAUAAUUGAAAAAAAAAAAAAUGUUUUAAAGGUAGGGUUGGUAAUCACAGCAAACUAGCGUGAAUUUGAAUGUAGCAUCUCCUCAGGACUUCACCUAGUCCCUACCCCCUCCCCCUGGAGCUCUUCCAAAACAACGCCCCCACUCACAUGCACGAGCGCUGCUGUCUGAUAAUUCAAAACCAUGGACUCAAAACUUUGGGACUCUAGAUUGGGAAGUCUUUGCAGAGCAGGGACAAAGAAGGUGAUGGUAGCAUUGGGAUGACCACAUAACUGGCAACAUGGCUAAACACUUGAUCAAGAUUAAAAAUCGCCCUGAAAACAAACCCUCAACUUCCAACAGAAAACGAGCAACCAUGGCAUCACUUUUUAAGCCCUUGACCUCUAUUAGGUCUCUCCAUCGCUGAAAAGCUGUCCCAAUGUUGACUUUUGUUUUCGCUCUUGCUAUCUCCAAACUCUGUCUUGCUUCAGCCUUCCUCCUCUAUUCUUCCUCCAUCUUUCUUCCCUUGCUCUUUUUUGUUGGAGAAGCAGUCACCAUGAAUCUGGGUAUAGGUAGUUUCUCUGCCAUUCUCCUGCGUAACUGUAUCCCUCUCAGCUCAGCCAUGCGCAUUGAUUUAGGGCUAGUGCACGCCGGUGACAUGUAUGCGCAGGAGGCAGGCAUGGAAUUUUAUUGGUUUAGAAAUGUGGGACCCACACAAUGUGAUUGGAUGGUAUUUUCCCAGUUUUACUCCUGCUGAAGAUAGCGGCUAUGUUUUGCUCUUUCUUAAGAACACAUCAUGUAUUGAUUGCCAUCAGAACAUAAAGAUGAUUUUAACCAGAAUAACAAGAAGUGUAUCUAAAUCAGAUUACCAACCCUACCUUUAAGCACAAAGCAAAAACUUCAAAGUUACUGAUUAAACUUGUAAAUGAAGACAGGGAGUAAGUGUCUUUACAGUUAUUCAGAGUUGAGUUUGGUAGGUCCAUAAUUUAUGUACAUUAUCACUGAAUAAGAGAAGAAUGCGUUUUAUGUAAAUGGUUGAGACAUGUUACCACCAUGCAAUAAUACAAAUACUGUACUGGGCAUUAUACAUGUUGGACAAAAAGAAAAUGAGUCAUUUCACAUCUGUCAUUAUUGGGACCCAUCACUGUUGAUGAAACUGUUCUUGUUUCAUUUGAAAAAAUGUAUAGAUUUAUACCCUAGUGCCACUAUUGUUACUGUAAUGUCAUAUCUGCUUUCCUUUGCAUGAGUGGAUUGCAGUGUAAGUGAAGAGGACAAUUUAGAAGAAACUCUCAAUAUGGCUCUAAAGGAGGACAAGACAAUCAGGGAACGAUGAAGAGCAGAUAUAAAAUCUGGUCUCUCGUUUUUUUCUUGAUGAAUAAUCAGAUCUACCUCUGUCAUAUGCACAACCUGACAUAAUGCACAAUCUAUGAGUCCACAUGCUUUGAUAACACUCAUAGGAGAGUUGAGAGUGUAAAAGAAAAAAAUCUGCUGAUCAACAGCAUCUGCUAUUGGCUGAUCUGAGGUGUGCAUAAGGCAAUCAAAACACAACCCACUAGGUGGUAGACAGGUGGUCCUAACCUGCAAAUGCCACCAGGUGAAUUCCAGGUGAGAUUUCAGCUGUUGUGGUAUCUGAUUUCAGCAAGUGACUCUUUAUUAGCUUGUAUUUUGAUUAUUUCUGUGACAUAGGUAUUUAAUUUACAAAUGAGUUCCUUAAGACCAGUGCAUUGGAAGGAGUCAGUCCUUCAAAAUUUCAAGCAAUCUUCUACACAUUUUUUUGUUAAAUACAUAUUUGCUUCUCAGGAAGCUUUUGGUGAUCUCUUUCCCUCCAAAGAAGGAAAAUCCCAUAGACUGUAUAUACUAUGGAUAACUUGGUUCCGCCUACCGCUUGUAUACGAAUUUGAAGCCAAAUAGUUCUCGGUAUUUCCGGGAUUAUUCUUCAUUUCCUGAAACCAGCGCUGCACAGUAGCAAUGUGUGCAUUCCGCCACGCAGUCACAGAGAGUCGCUGUGAUGACGCUCGGCUCAAACAACGUAUCCCCCAGGAGAGAGCUACGCAAUCCCUGAAUGCCCAUAGGCUGUAUCAGGUGUCAAUCAUAGAAAACACAAACCCCGUAAUAACUUUUAAAAAUGGAGCUUCACAGAAAAAAGAGGACUUGAGCACAAACCAGUCUUACAAUAACUGCAUGUCAACAUCAAAAGCAGGGGAAAAAAUUAUGUUCUGUGUAAUAAAUUUCUAAAGUUUGUCCACAGCUCCAUGAGCUUUGCUGGCGGAGGCGGGAUUUAUAACCUAUACUGCAGCCCAUCAACAGAGGGUGCUGUUCUCGGAGUGGGAGUGGCUUCACUCAGUGAGGAGGCAGACUCUGUCCAUUCUAUAUACAGUCUAUGGAAAAUCCCUAAAAAACACCACAUAUUUAAAUCCUGUGAGCCCUAGUAGAAAUAAGCUUGUGUGUAACGGUGUGUUACAUAACUGUUCACAGUUACAGAAGAUUAUAUUAACCAGAAUCAGAAAAGCUAAAUGUCUCCCGUUCAAAUACUAAGUCACUCCUGCAUGCUGGUUAGUUACUGGUACCUGCAACCUCUAUGGGUUUGACCAAGCCCAAACCUUA